AUGUUUUCUCCAUUCUACAACGGUGAUUAUUCCUACGACCAACCAAUCGAUUUCGAGUCGCUUUUCGAUUUGUUGCAUCAACAUCAAUUCUACUAUAAAGAAAACACCCGUCCAAGAGUCAUUAAAAAGUUAGAAACCGAGGACGAGUUCCAAAUUCAAAUUUAUAAACCAUACGGAAACUACAACAAUUAUGAAGUGAAUGUUGUUAAAUCCAAUCCUCCUAUUGUCAAUGUCGUUAUCAGCUCCGUCCAAGACAAUUUCAAAACCGUUUUGCCAUUCAAUGUCAACUAUAUUGAUAUUGAUAAUAUCAAUUGGCAAUGGUACAAGCAACAAAACGUAUUGGUAUUGAACAUACCCAAGAGAAUCCAUUAUGUUCAUCUGAAUGUUCAAGAUAUCCUCAAUUGCUUGUUAGGCUGCAAUGAUGCUGAUGCUAGUAGUGCUUUGAAAGCCCCAAACCAACAGCCAUAUGCUAAACCACAAACUAAGAAGGAUGUCCAAGCCAAGACCAGUCCUAAAAAGAAGGAAGAAUUUGCCAAAGUGAAGAAAGAAAUUGCCAACAACAACAACAAUAACCUUGCUAGUCGUGAUGCCAAUCUUAAAGACUCAAUUGAAGAACAUGAAAAUUUAAUUGAACAGGCUGCAAACGCUUUAAAACAAGCCACAGAAAAUUCUUCCAAACAAGUGAAACAGGAUUUGAAUGGCAAGGCUAACGCAUUGAGUGCUGGUGCUCAAGCUGCUGCUGAGGCUAAACACAAGGAAGCAUUAGAAAAAACUAAACAAGAACUUGAAGCUCAAAGAAAAGCUGCCCAUGAUAAGAUUGUCAAGGCUCAACAAGAGCUUGAAGAGAUUGCCAGAAAGGAAGCUGAAGCUGUAAAGUUACAUGAAGCUGCAAAACAAAAAGAAUUAGAAGAAGAAAAACGCAAGGUCGAAGCGGAACAACAAAAAGCAAAGGAAAAAGAAGACUUGGAACAAAAGGAGUACGAUCAAUUUGUUAAACAACAACAAGAAUUCCUUAAACAAUUUUUCGGGUUUAAUUUAGGACCAGCUAUCCCCACUAAAGAUGGUGCCAAUGCUUUUUACACUGCUGCUAAACAAGCCAAAAAACAAAAGCCAAAAGUAGCACCAAAACCAAAACAGUUGCAAACUCAACCAGUUAAGCAAGCAAAAGAUGAAGAGGAAUCCAUUCCUUCUGAGCCGGAAACAGAAGAACCUGAAUCUUCUAAAUCACACAACUCAAAUGAAAACUUACAUAAGCAUCCUUCUUUAGAGGAGGUUGAGGACGAGGAGUCUGUAAUGUUUAGAAAAAGAUUUGGUCAUUAG